AUGGAGUCCAGCAGGAAGCGCAAAGCGCAAGCCCUCCACGCGACUCCCACAACCAACGAAGGGAGCGCGACGAAGAAGCUCAAGUUGCUGAACUCGAACCCCAAACCCCCCAUCGACCGGAGCGUGCAGGCCGUGGGCAACAAGCUGAUCGCGCAGCUCAGCAAUGCCACCGAUAAGACCGGACGACCCAUUACAGAUGCCUUCAUCGAGCUGCCCCCAAAGGAUGAGCUGCCCGACUACUACCAGGUCAUCCGGCUGCCCAUAUCGAUCAACAUUAUCGAAGAGAAGCUGCGCAAUGAUGCUUAUCCUUCCGUGAGUGCGCUGGAGAGCGACUUCAAGCGCAUGAUCCAGAACGCGAAGGACUACAACGAGCCGAAGAGCGAAGUGUACGAAGAUGCAGAGCGAGUACGCAAGCUCAUCUACAACUAUAUGAAGGUCAACAACCCAGCCUACCAAGAUCCGAGCUAUUCAGCAGUCGCCACUCCCAUUCCCGGCCUGACCAAGAUCACAUUGACCAACGGCAAUCAUCAUGCGCAAGGAACGCCCAGUGCCCAAGCUAAAUCAGCCCACCAGCCCGCGGCAGCUAUCAAAGAAGAUCGCGCAACUCGAGAUUCCAGCAGCAAGCUCAAGAUAUCACUUGGACCGCGAGCUUCUGAGAAGGUGGCAGAGAAAGCUUCGGAGGCGCCUUCAGAUCGGAAAUCCUCCGUGGCGCCUAGUACUGCAGCUGGCGGCGAGGACGAAAGCAUGGACUUCACCGGGAAGACAUUCCAAGAAGCACAGGAGAUGAUUGUAGCUGAGAUGAUCCGCUAUACCGAUGAAGAGGGACUCGAAAUUUUCACACCCUUCGUCUUCCUGCCCUCACGAAGUCUCACAGAUUACUACAGAGUAAUCAAGCACCCAGUUUCGUUGAAGGGAGUGCAGAAGCGUGUGCGGGGCGUUCACGGACGAGACGCAGCCACUGGUAUUUCCGAUUUCAAGACGUGGGAUGCUUUCGAGCAGGAAGUCAGCUGGAUCUGGCGCAACGCACGAGACUACAACGAAGACGGCAGCGAUAUGUAUGCUCUGGCUGGUGAUCUCGAGGCUCAUUUCAAAUCGAGGUUGGCCGAGGCGAAAGAACUGGUCAAGGAACCGCAGAGUACACGGAUCAAGCUGGGUGGUCCUCAACCGCAGACGAAAUCGGGUGUCACACUCAACCUGUCACAAAACCGCCCUUCGCCAGGCCCUAGCAUGUCCGUCGACAAUGAUGCACUCACUCGACAACGAAACAUGGUCCAGGCUGGCGUGAACGGUUCUCAUGCACCGAACGGCCCGCGAGCGAUGCCAGGAGUCAAUGGAGUUAGAAGACAAUCCUCAGUUGGGCCAAUCCGACCUCAAAGUUCUGGGCAAGGCGGCAGUCCGUCCGCGCAGAUGGUCAAGAACGAGAAGAUACCCAGUCAAUCUCCUGCGCCUCAUGCUGUUGCGCCAGGGAUGCAGCCUGCGACCAACUGCAUGAUGCCACCUCCCAUGGUCCGCGCUACAAGCGGAACUCCAUUCUCUGGUCCAGCCGCACCGCUCGUCAACAGCUACUCUUAUACCGCACCUUCCUUGCUGCCACCUACAGCCGUGCGACAGUAUUCCGCAUCUGAGGCCCUGCUGCCGCUGGUCACAUUACACACCCAUCCUCACCUGAAGGUACCCAAGCCUUUCAGCAUCUCGAUACCGCCGCACCCUUCACUAUCGCAACAGAGUACAACGAUCACGUUACCCGCAUCGCAUUUCUUUCUCCAGAUCCAGCCGACGAUAUCGCGCGAGCUGGCAAUCAAUCGAGCGUACAAAAUAUUUGUCACCAUGAAUGGUACGCGCCUCACGCAACGAGACACGACCUACCACCAGGAGACAGGCAAGCGCACACAUUCUUAUGAUGGCAACCUAUCACACGGCGUAAACAGGAUAGAGAUCGAGGUCGCCGCUGCGAAAGCCGGCGAUAAUGGCGACGGCAAGGGGCUAGAUAUUGAGAAGGUGACAGUCUUCGCCCACCUGGCAAGAUCAUAG